CUCUCUCUCUCUCUCUCUCUCUCUCUCUCUCUCUCUCUCUCUCUCUCUCAUAUGCAUAUAUAUAGAAAUUGAACUACUAAAAAAAGGAAACCAAAAGCUUAGCUUAAAAUGGGAGUUUUAUCGUUGAUAUCAGGAUGGCCAGGGCGGAGUGGAUUCGGAUCUGCCUCCACCGCUGAACAAGUUUCUGCUUCCAUCGAUGCCUCCGAUCUCACUGUUAUCAUUACAGGAGGGGCAAGUGGGAUUGGGUUAGAGACAACAAGAGUAUUAGCAAUGAGGGGGGCUCAUGUGAUUAUAGCUGCAAGGAACAUGAAAGCUGCAAAUGAAGCUAAACAACUUGUUAUUAAACACAAUGAGAAAGCUAAGAUUGAUGUUCUUGAGCUUGAUCUUUCAUCUCUCAAGUCAAUUAAGACCUUUUCUCAUAGUUUCAAAGCUCUUAAUCUCCCUCUCAACAUCUUAAUAAACAAUGCUGGUAUCAUGUUUUGCCCGUACCAACUCUCGCAAGAUGGGAUAGAGAUGCAAUUUGCGACUAAUCAUCUAGGUCACUUUUACUUGACAAACCUACUACUAGACAAGAUGAAGGAAACCGCUGCAGCUACCGGAAUCGAGGGUAGAAUUGUAAACUUGUCAUCGGUAGCUCAUGUCUAUACUUACGAAAAAGGGAUCAGAUUUGAUAAAAUCAGUGAUAAAGAUAGCUAUUCAGACAAAAGGGCAUACGGCCAGUCCAAGUUAGCAAACAUAUUGCACGCGAAUGAGCUCUCUCGACGCUUGAAGGAAGAGGGGGCGAAUAUUACAGUAAACUCGGUACACCCAGGGAUAAUAAUGACAGAUCUCAUGAGGCAUUCCUUGUGGCAGAUGAGAAUCUUGAAGCUGUUCACUUAUCUCUUUUGGAAAAAUGUCCCACAGGGUGCAGCAACAAGUUGCUAUGUAGCAGUCCACCCAGGGUUAAAAGGGGUGAGCGGGAAGUACUUUCUGGACUGCAAUGAAUGGCCAGCAAGCAAAUUUGCAAAUGAUCCUGAGUUGGCAAAGAACCUCUGGGACUACAGCAACAAUCUGGUCAACUCUCUUCAGCGUUGACUUCACCAUCCUUUUUCAUCUAAUGCAACUUUAAUAUUAUAUGUUUUAUACUUAGCUUAAUCUUGUCACAUUUAAUUAAUAUUCUAGUGGUUGGAGAAAUUCAUGCGGGUUUGUAUUCAAAGAAGUAAACAAAUUAUGAAAAAAGUUGAAAUAUAUAUGACUGGAAUAAACAGUCAGUACAAUAAAAAAGAAGGAUAAAUAACAAGUGAAAAGAAGGUAAAGGUAAAGAGCAAGAGGUUUUUUUUUUUUUUUUUUUUUUUAAUUAAGUGUGAUUUGAGGAGAAAGCUUUUUCUAGAUUGAGCACAAGGAAUAGAAAGGCAGCUAAU